AACACCAUUCCCUCCGCCUUAACACGAGAGGAGCUUCUCCACAACAAGUGAAUGCGGUGAGAAACAGUCAUCAGAAGAAGCAGCCGGCAUUUAAGCAGUCGCUCCCGUUAAGCAGCAAGCCAACAGAAUAUCUACAGUGAAAUAGAAAUGUCUGAAGAAGGUAAACGAAACACAGAAAAUGAGGAUUCUAUUUUCCAUGUGUAUGACAACCCGUCAUUCCAAAAAGAAGAAGAAAAUGAAGAGGAAUUUUCAGAAAAUGUCAACAAAAAGAAAAAGAAGAAAAAUAAAAAAGAAGAACUUGCAAAGUCAGUGGGAAUAUUCCAGCUGUUCCACUAUGCUGAUACUUUGGAUAUCAUAUUGAUGAUAAUAGGUUUAGUCUGCUCUGCAGCACAUGGCGUUGCACUACCGAUUAUGAUCGUUGUGUUUGGACAAAUGACUGAUAGCUUUGUCAGCAGUGGCAUACAAGUAAAUAUCACAGUAAACUCCACACUGAAUGCAAGUAGCCCAGACUGCCCUCAACUGACUGGGAUGAAAAUUCAAGCAGCUAUGACAAGAAAUGCAUAUUACUUCAUCACCAUUGGAUUUUUGUGUUAAUUCUUGCUACAAUUCAGGUAGCAACAUUUCUGCUGAGCUCUUCAAGACAGACACAAAGGAUCCGUGAAAAAUUCUUUUAUGCAGUUCUUCAUCAACACAUGGGCUGGUUUGAUGUACAUGAGUUAGGAACAUUAAACACAAGACUGACUGAGUAAGUUUCAUUUUUAUACUGUAUUAUUAAGAACUUUAUGCAAUCUCUCUAAUUGGCAAAAUAAGCCUUGUGAAGAAACCAUUUUACAAACAUUAAUCAUUUUAAUGGUUUGUGGACCAACCAAGUGCACAAACGUUUCUUGAUAUGUGAGGAAAAUUGGAGUUCUUGGAGAAAAAAACAUGACAUGGGGAUAAUGUGCAAAUUACACACAGACAAUGGUCAAACAUGGAAUUCAAAUCCUGGAUGCUGGAGCUGUGACAAAAAUAAGCCUUGUGGAGAAACGAGUCUACAAACAUCAUCUCUUUUGCAUUGGUUUGUGGACCUAAAAUAUAUACUGCUCAAAAGAAUUAAAGGAACACUUUUUAAUCAGAGUA